UUCAGUCAAAUCUUCAUCUUGCGAUUCAGGCAACCGUAUCCAUCUCGUUCUAUUUAAACGGUAUUAUAAAAGUUCUAAAAAUUUUUGAAUAAAUAUUAAAUAACAAACAGAAAAAUGUUUAAGAAGGAGAAUAUGGAUAGUUGGAACGCUGUAUUUACCGAAUGUCAAUUACGUUCAAGUGAUUUAAGCAAACCCACAGAAGGAUUCCUAACAAGCGUGUUGGUUGUUUACUUAAAACGUUUUGGUUAUAAAAUAGAACCUCCAAGUACAAUGGAGAAUAAUGAAUAUCAUCUGUUUCGGAUCAAAUUAGUUAAACAAAUUGAUCACAUGCUUAAAAUAACCAACGAGUCCUAUGUUUUUACGUACUACGAUUUAAUACGCCCGACGCCUAAGAAAACCUCCCAGAUGCUACGCAUUCUCCUGAAUUAUUUGUUUUAUUACAACAUGUACAAAGAGGAAGUUUUCAAAAUGGUAGGGAAGCCGUUAAAUGAACUGCAGGACCUAAAAGCUCGAGUCGAGAAAACAAGAUGUGAAAAUGAAAGAAGACAAAAAGACAAAAACGCAGAGCUUAAGCAAUCUAUUCAGAUGUUGAAUGAAGGAUUAUCAACUAGUCGGGAAGAAUUAAAAACUUAUGUGGAAAAAAUUGGGGCAAAAAAAGGGGAUAUUGGUAAACUUGAACGUGAAAUUGAAGAGCUCACAGAAAAACAAAAGCAGCUGCAAGAAGAUAAAAACCGUCUUCUCAAUAAAGUGGUAUCUAAUGAUGAAUUUCAGGAAUUAGGAAAGUAAGCGAAGGAAUUAUGAUAAAAUUGCAAAAAUUUUAACAAUUAAUGUUUUAGGCAAAUUCCGCAGUUGGAGAAUAAAUUGGCAACUCUAACGAAAGAGCAAGGUCACAUGGAAUCUGUGCUAAGUAAACGUAAUGAAGACAUUAAAAAGCUGCAAGAACAAAGUGCUGAACUCGACGAGUUAAGCAGGGUAUUCCCAAAAGAUUUAUUAACCCAAUUAGAGAACAGUAACAAACAACUGAAAAAUCUGCAAAGAGAAGCUCCAUUUGCAGAAAGUAAGAAUAAACUCUCCGAUAAGGAUAUCAAAGAAUUGAAAGAAG